GCUGGCAGGGGACGGCCUGGUCCUCUUCCGUCAGGCCUGGGAAGUAGGCUGAGGGAGGGGUGCUUUACCCUCCUUCUGUGAGGAAAUGCAGCUGGGCGGUCGUGCUGGGGACGCUCACCGGGCAAAAAAAAGUUCAGAUAACGUGAAAUGAAACGGUGCCAGAGGGUCUGACGAGGUACAGCCCUGUCAGCGAGGUAAUGUAAGCAUUUCAGUUACACACGAGAGAGGAAGCAGGCAUGUCAGCGCUUUGUCCACCACCAUCUCCUGCAGUUGCUAAAACAGAGAUCUCUUUGAAUGGCGAGUCACCUUUAUUAGCUGCCACUUUUGCUUACUGGGACAAUAUUCUUGGGCCCCGAGUGCGGCAUAUCUGGGCCCCAAAGACAGAACAGGUACUUCUCAGCGAUGGUGAAAUAACUUUCCUUGCUAACCACACCCUGAAUGGAGAAAUACUUCGGAAUGCAGAAAGUGGUGCAAUAGAUGUGAAGUUCUUUGUCUUGGCAGAAAAAAGGGUAAUCAUUGUGUCAUUAAUCUUCGAUGGAAACUGGAAUGGAGACAGAAGCACAUACGGACUAUCGAUUAUACUUCCACAAAGUGAACUUGGCUUCUACCUGCCGCUUCACAGAGUGUGCGUGGAUAGGUUAACGCAUAUUAUAAGGAAAGGAAGAAUAUGGAUGCAUAAGGAGAGGCAAGAACAUUUCCAGAAGAUUGUCUUGGAAGGCACAGAGAGAAUGGAGGAUCAGGGUCAGAGCAUCAUUCCAAUGCUGACAGGAGAAGUCAUUCCUGUAAUGGAACUCCUUUCAUCUAUGAAAUCACACAGUGUUCCAGAAGAAAUAGAUAUAAGUGACACAGUGCUAAAUGAUGAUGACAUUGGGGACAGUUGCCAUGAAGGCUUUCUCCUCAAUGCAAUUAGUUCACACCUGCAGACCUGUGGUUGUUCUGUAGUUGUAGGAAGCAGCGCAGAAAAAGUUAAUAAGAUUGUGAGAACACUGUGUCUGUUUCUUACACCAUCAGAGCGGAUGUGUUCCAGGCUCUGUAGAAAUGAGUCUUCUUUCAAAUAUGAGUCAGGACUUUUUGUUCAAGGCUUACUCAAAGAUGCAACAGGAAGCUUUGUGUUGCCCUUCCGUCAAGUAAUGUAUGCCCCAUAUCCUACUACACAUAUAGAUGUAGAUGUCAAUACUGUGAAGCAGAUGCCCCCUUGUCAUGAACACAUCUAUAACCAACGACGAUACAUGAGAUCUGAGCUGACAGCAUUUUGGAGAGCUAAUUCAGAUGAAGAAAUGUCUCAAGAUCAUAUUAUCCACACAGAUGAGAGUUUCACACCUGAUUUAAAUGUCUUUCAAGAUAUCCUGCAUCAAGAUACAUUAGUAAAAGCCUUCCUGGAUCAGAUCUUUCAUCUGAAGCCUGGCUUGUCUCUAAGGAGUACUUUUCUUGCACAAUUUCUGCUAGUCCUUCACAGAAAAGCCUUAACUUUAAUAAAAUACAUAGAAGAUGACACGCAAAAAGGAAGAAAACCUUUUAAGUCCCUUCGUAGCUUAAAGAUGGACCUCGACAUAACAGCAGAGGGCGACCUUAACAUAAUAAUGGCUUUGGCUGAGAAGCUUAAACCAGGUCUACAUUCCUUUAUCUUUGGGAAGCCGUUCCACACGAGUGUACAAGAACGUGAUAUGCUCAUGACAUUUUAAAGUUCUCAACUGCUAAUGUGUAAUAUUGCAGUCUUGCGUGGCACAAAAAUAACACGUCAGUGUGACCACCACCUGUGUGACAAUCAUGGACCUGCCUGAGGACAGACCGUUAGGAGCACAGUAACGCUACAAUCUGUCUGAAGCAGGAGGAGGUCUUGUUAGAGCUAAUAGCAAUGAAGCUAGACGAGCAUGAUUUUAAUGAAUCCAUCUCUUCUGUGUCUUUUUUUUUAACAGUAAAACUAAAUGUUACCAGAGGUUCAUUUGCCAUAUGGGUUUAGUAGAUAAAUUUGAACACAUUUUGGUAUAUGACAAAGGGAAACAUUUUGAUUUUCUUUCCCCAGAGAAUUCCUUCAGGUGUGUGUCAGUUUUCCUCUGUUCUGCUGUGUCAGCAUUUUCAGUGUUUCCACAGGAAACAAUAUGUACCUUCUCUCUAAUAAUGGAGGUUGCAGAAUAGGGGCCGUCCAAGGGUUUCAAAGAAUUUUCAGAAGUGGUUGUUCUUGUGUAUGUGGUAUAAAUCUGGAAUAUGUCUUCCCUCAUCUCCCUUUUAACACUACUGGCUCCUUCAUUUAGAGCAUUUAAAGGCUUUUGGGUUUUUUAAAUAUACUACAAAGUGCUAUUCCUGUGUGCAAACUGUUGACUACUAGCAGCUUAAGGAGCAGCAUUUGGGAACUGGCUCGUUAUUUAAGCAGCUUUGUGCAUGGAAGUGCCAACCAGGAUACUCUGUCACAGACUGUUGGGCCAUCCUGCAGGGAAGCAUUCAGUGAUCCAGCAUAAUUGAGCUCUUUCAAAACACAAAGUUGUGUCAUUCAGCAGCAGUUGUCCAUCCUUCUCUCUGUAAACUGCUGCUGGUUUCGCCAUGGUCAGUUAGAUUCAGUUCAGAUUAAAGUAUUAGACCUUCCCAAAGAACACCAAGGUGAUAGCCAAACCAAAAGAUAAAACAGUAAUUUAUUUCUACAUUGACAUUAAUAUAUUUAGCAAUCCUUAAUUCGGAGGUGAGCACAGCUAUGAACUAAUGUGAUUGGCAUUUUCCUAAGUGAAUUCUAGUCAGAAAUCUUGCCAAUCUUCUUAGUUCAUCAUAGCACAUAUCCAACUUCACUUUGCUUGAAAAUAAAAACACAAUUUCUAUUUGUAUGCCUCGACCGUUCUUUCUAGUAGCAGGUAGAGUGGUGUGGUGUCAGGUUAAUCCAGACCCUUUUUUUUUUUUUGAGUUUUGACGCAUGGUUGAAGUCAGUGGUGCAUCGGUACUGCAGGUUGUUGUAUUUCUUCUCUUUUCGGGCAAACAGAGGAAUACAUUUGUGUCAUGCUUUAGCGUAACCUCGUAACUUAAAAUUCAUUGUGAAGGAGCUGCACUUGUGGUUGGAGAAGGCUCUGUUGCUUUAUUACUUAAAUUGUUUACAACACUCUUUGGCUAACAGGAUCCUGUUUUCAAGAUAGUUUUUUAGUGUCUCUUUCAUGGAGCAAGGCAUGAAAGUUGCCAAAAGUUAGAUUCAGAACUUUCCCUGAAAUGGCCAAUACUCAGAUUUUAAAAGGCAUUCUGUCCUUUAUUUGGCUGUUCAGAAUUCUCUUAUAUUUCCUGAAAGACAGAGAUUCACAGUUAAAUAUUUGGAGCUUCUGAAAGAUGUAGAAUUGAGCCCCAGCUGCACACCGUUUUUGUGAAUUAACAUCAUCAGCAUUACCCGGUUGAAUAAGUGAUUACUUUUUUAUGGAGCAGUUUUUUUGCUGUACAUGUGUGUAGGACUCUUGCAGUGAGCUCAGCGCUUCAUCAGAACUUGUCAGAAUUAUGCUGACCUAAGUUGCUUGUGCUGAGAUUCUGUUUGUCUUCCUACUGUUAUUUCCUUUUGUGUUCAGUUGAUCCCUUAGAAAAGAGCCUGAUUGCACUCUCAUGUCUAAGGUGAUGAAAAAAAAAUAAACACUGCUGAAACUUCUGAUGUAGAAGUUGUGUUGAAGUAUAAUGAGUUUUAAAUGUGCUGCUGAAAUUAAUCACUUCAGCUUCAUAGGCAUUGGAAACUUAACAUUGACACUAGCAACUACUAAAGCUCUGUUUGCUGAAGAUGGUGUCGUUUUCUGAAAUUACUAAAAGCUGGAAACUUUCUCAGUUGUUACUUUCUUUGCACAGUUGUCACAAGUGCAGAAUGUAUCGUGAAGUAAAUUAUUAAAUGCAUUUGCAUGUUGUGUGGUAAAUCUUGCUCAGGAAACAAAAUAUUCUAAUAAAAUUCAUGCACAAUUUUUGACUUGA